AUGGCUGGACGGGUUACCGGUACUUGUUGUACCGCUUCCGUCGAAAGAGCCGGAUUGCCUGGAUUACUUCGAGAUUUACAGCGGCUAGCAGAAGAUCAGGACUCAGCUGAUAUUGUAUUCAUGCUGGGCAGCGCCGAGGAAAAAGUAUAUGCGCACAAAAUUAUCUUGAUAGCCAGGUGUAAAAGUUUCCAAAACACCAAGCGCGGCGAAAUCUGCCGUAUUCCAGGCUGUAUCGUAACGCCAUCUGUUGGGGCGACCACGCCGAUACGGAUGCCACACGUGCAACCAGAAACGUUUAGACUGUUUAUACAAUAUGUUUAUACUGGGAAGUUGCUUCUCCAAGAUUCAGGUGUAUUUGAAAUGAUGACCUUAGCAGCAGACCUAGGAGUGGAAGACCUAAGAUCAGCCUGUGAAGAUCAUGUCACAUCCACCUUGAAUGUGGAAAAUGCUUGCACUCUACUAGCUGCUGCAAUGGAUAUACAAGAUAGACCAGGAGGUAAAAGUGCAUCAUCAUUCAUGGAACGCUGCAUAUCAUUCAUAGAAGAAAAUGCACCUGAAUGUGUCAAAAGUAAUGCCUUCUUAAACUUGCCUAAAGAAGCCCUCAUCAAGCUAAUAUCUUCAGAUAAUCUGCGGCUGGAGGAGAAGGACGUGUGGCGCGCGGCGCUGGCGUGGGGCAAGCAGCGCGCGGGCGUGACGCAGCCCACGGCGCACUGGGCGGAGGAGGAGCGCGCGCGCGUCGUGCACCACCUGGCGCCGCUCAUGCAGCACGUGCGCCUGCUGCACAUCGACAGCGUGGUGUUCGCGGAGGAGGUGGAGCCCACGGGCGCCGUGCCCAUGGAGCUGUCGCUGAAGCGCUACAAGAGCGCCGCGCUGCACGCCGCGCCGCCCGGCGCCACGCGCCGCACCACGCCCAGGAUAGCAGUCAAUCUGUUUGUGGACUCCGUGAUCCUGCGCCAGGACAAGAGUGCCUUCCAGUCACUUCUCAACACCUGG